UUUUAUCCCCAUCCAAACUUGAGGCUGUGGCUAAAGUUAGAUUGGCCUGCGUGGGAUAUAAAAACCUCCUGAGAUGGACGCAUAACGCGGCUUCACACUGUCCUCUUCUUCUUCUUGAUCAUCCAAACCUCCAUUCAUACCGUCUCAAGAUGGCACCAAAGAAGGCCAAGAGGAGGCAGGCGGCAGGAGACAGCGGCUCCUCCAACGUGUUCUCCAUGUUUGAGCAGAGCCAGAUUCAGGAGUACAAAGAGGCUUUCACAAUCAUUGACCAGAACAGAGAUGGUAUCAUCAGCAAAGACGACCUGAGGGACGUGCUGGCUUCAAUGGGCCAGCUGAACGUGAAGAAUGAGGAGCUGGAGGCCAUGAUCAAGGAGGCCAGCGGCCCCAUCAACUUCACCGUCUUCCUCACCAUGUUCGGAGAGAAGCUGAAGGGUGCUGACCCCGAGGACGUUAUUCUCAGCGCCUUCAAGGUCCUGGACCCCGAGGGUACAGGAAGCAUCAAGAAGGAAUUCCUCGAGGAGCUCCUGACCACUCAGUGCGACAGGUUCUCCAAGGACGAGAUUAAGAACAUGUGGGCCGCCUUCCCCCCAGAUGUUGCCGGCAACGUGGACUACAAAAACAUCUGCUACGUCAUCACACACGGAGAGGAGAAGGAGGAGUAAAGAGAAAAGCCAGAAGACACGAAAGACAACAAUCCCUUUGCUUUUCUGCCCUCCCUGCUCUUUUCUUCCCUCCCCGCUCACCUCUUGUGUAAACCCAUGUGCUCCCCCUCUCAGGUUCGAGCCAAACACCUGACACACCACGAGAGCGCCGAUGCCCAUGGGAUGUCUGCGUUUGCUUAUGGGGAACAGGGGUGAUGCAACAUCAUUUCCAUCCACAAGCUUCUCUCCAAAACCUUUCCUUUGCUUGCACGUGUCUUCUGUCCUCUCACCUCCACAUCUCUGCCUGGCCUGUCACCGUCCGUCCCGUGUCCCUCUGCUCCCCUCAGUGUCUGAGGAGGACGCAUAUGUGCUGCAGGACCCGGGCGAGCGGGGUCGAAACAGAAGGACCUCAUUCCAAAUGUUGAAGACGUCCUCUUGGCUGAAACAGGUGGGAGGAUGGAGACAAUUUGCAAGUUAGGGAGAAGGAGGGGGGGAAUAAAGUUGACUCCUUAAAGCGAUGACAAUUUUUUUCCCCCUUGAAGUGUAAAAAGACUUGAGGGGGAGGAGGGAAAAGGCUGAAAGAAAACACUCACAUCUUCGGUUUGUUUCCCUUCGCUCCCUCCUGCAUCCUGUAAAUCAUCUUUUUUUUCCAUGAGCUGUCUCUUCCUCACCUUUCCUCUGUAAUGAAUAAAAGGGACAAACUGUGAAUAAAAUCUCUUUCCUUUUGUA